AUGGAUGAAUCAAUUUUAAAUCAUUUGUUUCUUCCACCUUAUCUACCAUCUUCUGCUGAUGAAGACUUCUUAAUUCAAAACAAUCAUGAAAAUGAAUACAAGUUAUUAGAAUUCAUGAAAGAAUAUUUGGAUAAUUGUGAAUUGACAAACAAUUUGAAAACAUUACCGAUAUUUCAUGUUUUUAAAGAUAAAUGUCUCCAAAAUUGGUGCCAAUUACAGAAUAUUCGAAACUUUUCUACAUCAAAUUUACAAUCUACAAUCGAACAAUUAUCAUCAGGAAGUUUUCUUCCAUUAUAUUUUGAAGCUCAAAAUGCUGCAAUUCUUACCGAAAUUGAAGCAAAUAACAUCGAUCAACCAUUAAUUUCGUCUUGGCAAGUUUUACUUCCUACAGCAAGUAUAACUUCGUCUCUUACUCUACAUCUCUCUUGCUUUCCAGUAUCAACCUACAGAUUAAAAAAUCGAUUUCAAUUAAAUUCAAAAGCUCAUUGUGAGUUAUUAGUUGAUUUUAUGCGUAAUACUAUUGAAUAUUCGAAAUCAUGGAAAGCCUCUCAUCGAGUCGAUGAAAUACGUGAUAUACCAGAAUCUCAUUAUAAAAAGCAUCGUGAUCACAUCCGAUGGAAUAAUGCUAAGUUACCAUUUCGACGUUCCGGUUUAUGGCUUACUAUUAAAGUAGUUCUUCAAACUAUUUUGACUAAACAUUUGGGAAAUGUCGGCAUCGUUAUUUAUAAAUUACUGAUCACUCAUUUUCUGACUUAUGUUGUCGAUAUUAACAAAAAUGAUGAUUUUAGUUAUGUUAAUCAAGAUGAAUAUAUACCAUCGAUGAAUGAAUUGAGACAAAAGUUUAAUUAUACUAUUGGCACAGCCUUGUCUCGUAUAGAACUUUGGGUUGAAUCACGCUUGGAUCAAUGGAUUAAUCAUCCCAAAGAAUCUCACGAUGAAAGAAAUCGCUUUGAAAUUCUUUUCAACUUUUAUGAAGAAUAUCAAAAUUUAGCAUUGAAUCAUUAUUGA